AUGCCGUCCAACUCAACCCCGACUUACACCGUCACUGCGGCUGACACCACACAGGCCCAUAUCGACGGUUCUAUGUUGGAUCCCUUCAUUUACGAUACAUCUUCGCUUCAGGAUCGGCUCAUCAUGAGGUCUGCUAAAGAAGAUAGCCUGACACCUGGAAACGGUGCCGGUUACUCAGGCCCGAAAAGUUCUAAGCUAUAA